GGAAUUUCUUUGGGAGUUGCUUAGGGAGACGCAAACGUUGCCCGUGAGGCCAAACGCUGCACUUUCCCGCCGCUUCCUGACAGGAAUUUGGCCGCCAUGCGUCCGACUGAAGGGAAGCGAGGCGGAGCAGCCGCGGCCCCUUCCGGCCCCUUUGAAUCCCCGCGCGGGAAAAUGGCGGCGGCGGCGGCGGCGCUGGCUUAGCAGAAGGCGGUGCGGGAAGAUGGCGGCGUCCUUGUCUUCCCCUUCGCCCCGCCGAGGGGCUCUGAGCGGCGUCGUGCUGAGCCCCCCGCCCGGCCUGGGCUGCUCCCUCCGCCCCAGCCUCGGCCCUCCAGGACAAGGUCAGCAUGUGGGUGUUCCGGAUGAGCAAGCUGACAAACUGCUGCUAGCAAACUGGGGGCUCCCCCAAGCGGUCCUGGAUAAAUACCAUGGUUUGGGAGUGGUUCGUAUGUUCCAGUGGCAAGCCGAGUGUCUGAUGGUUGGACAAGUUCUGGAGGGGGAGAACUUGGUUUACUCAGCUCCUACAAGUGCAGGGAAAACUCUAGUUGCUGAAUUACUUAUACUGAAGAGAGUGCUGGAAUCUCGCAAAAAAGCUUUGUUCAUUUUACCCUUUAUCUCUGUGGCCAAAGAAAAGAAAUAUUACCUGCAAGCAGUGUUCCAAGACGUAGGUGUGCAAGUGGAGGGGUAUAUAGGGAGUAUUUCCCCUGCUGUCCGUUUCUCUGCCCUGGAUGUUGCUGUCUGCACUAUUGAGAGAGCUAAUGGUCUGAUCAACAGACUCAUAGAGGAGAAAAUACUGGACUCACUGGGAAUAGUAGUUGUAGAUGAGCUGCACAUGCUGGGGGAUCCUCAGAGAGGGUAUCUGCUAGAACUCCUGCUGACAAAGGUUCAGUUUUUGACCAGAAAAAUGAAGAACAAACAAUCAAACAUGCCUGGACCACUCUCAAAUGGAAUACAAAUUGUAGGCAUGAGCGCUACCCUUCCUAACUUGGGUCUUCUGGCCUCCUGGCUAAAUGCAAAGCUAUACCACACAGAUUUCCGACCGGUGCCCCUUGUAGAGCAAGUGAAAAUUGGCAGCCAAAUUUAUGACUCCUCCAUUAAAGUUGUGAGAGAAAUCCAGUCUGUGCUGCAUAUAAAGAAUGAUGAGGACCAUGUGGUGACUCUGUGUUAUGAGACUGUUCAGAAUGGCCAUUCUGUCCUUAUUUUCUGCCCAUCUAAGAACUGGUGUGAGAAAUUGUCAGACAUCAUUGCUCGGGAAUUCUACAAUCUCCAGCACAAGUACCUUCAAAAGAUGUCCACCCUUUCACCAGUAGCCCUGGACACAGAAGGGAUAGAGGAGUUGAUAGGUCAGCUAAAGCAUUCGCCUUCUGGUUUGGACUCCGUGCUUCAGAGGACUAUAAAAUGGGGUGUAGCUUUUCACCAUGCAGGUCUUACAUUUGAUGAACGAGACAUCAUUGAAACUGCCUUUCGUCAAGGAGUGCUUCGAGUCCUAGUAGCAACCUCUACGCUUUCUUCAGGGGUGAAUCUGCCUGCACGCCGGGUGAUCAUCCGAACUCCUGUGUUUGGAGGCAGAUCAUUGGAUGUCUUGACAUACAAACAGAUGGCUGGGAGAGCUGGAAGGAAGGGAGUAGACACCAUAGGCGAGAGCAUUCUGGUGUGCAAGACCACAGAGAAAUCCAAAGGCAUUGCUCUGCUCCAGGGCUGUCUCAAGCCAGUGCGGAGCUGCUUGCUGAGCCAAGAGGGAGAAGACAUUACUUCAAGUAUGAUACGGGCAAUCCUGGAGAUCAUAGUAAAUGGAGUAGCUAGCUCUCCAGAAGACAUCCAGAGUUAUGCUUCCUGUACACUCUUUGGUGCAAGUCUGAAAGACUUCCCGGACAAUGGGACAGAGCAGGAGAGAAAUUGCCAUGGUUCUAUAGAUGCUUGUGUGAAGUGGCUGCUUAAAAAUGAAUUUAUCCUGAUUUCGGUGUCUGAUACAGGCAAAGAAAUAUAUUGCCCAACACAUCUCGGCUCUGCUACCUUGUUUUCUUCCUUUUCACCCGUAGCAGCACUAGAAAUUUUUGCUGAUCUCCAGAGAGCAAUGAAGAGCUUUGUCUUAGAGAAUGAUCUGCACAGUCUUUAUUUGGUCACCCCUGUUUAUGAAGACUGGGCCAAAAUAGACUGGUAUCGAUUCUUUUGCAUGUGGGAGAAGUUGCCUGCCUCAAUGAAAAGAGUUGCCGAGCUGGUUGGAAUCGAAGAAAGCUUUUUGGCUUGCUCUGUGAAGGGCAAAAUAAUCACUAGAACAGAGAGGCAGCAUAGGCAAAUGGCCAUUCACAAAAGAUUUUUUACAAGCCUGGCUCUCUUGGACUUAAUAAAUGAGGUUCCUAUAAAUGAGGUUGCUAAGAAAUAUGGCAGCAAUCGUGGACAACUUCAGUCUUUACAGCAGUCUGCUGCUACUUAUGCAGGGAUGAUUACCAUUUUCUGUAACCGUCUGGGGUGGCACAAUAUGGAACAGUUGCUCUCCCAGUUUCAGAGUCGUCUCACAUUUGGAAUCCAGAGAGAGCUCUGUGAUCUUGUCCGGAUAUCUCUGUUAAAUGCACAGUGUGCUAGAGCUCUCUAUAAGGCUGGUUUUGUCACGGUCGCUGAUGUCGCCAAAGGGAAUAUUGCGGAGGUGGGAAAUGCCUUCAGGAAUGCAGCACCUUUCAGAAGUCGUAGGGCAGUGGAUGAAGAUGAACAGGCUGUCGAGGAGCACCAAAUUACACCCCUUAUAUGGAUGUCUGGACUGAAGGGUUUAACUGAGAUUGAAGCUGCUAAUCUUGUUGUGGAGGAGGCUAAAACUCUCUUAAAGGAGGACUUGGCUGCUUUGGGAGUGCAGUGGAACCCCAAUGCCUCUCUCUUAUCAGAUUCCUCUUCCACAUUUUCCAUAACAGGACAAGUUGAGGAAGAGGAAAAACAUAGACUGUAUGGGAAACAGAUAUCAAGAAAUAGCCAAAGUAUAAUUUCAUCAGACAAAAGUAUCAGUUCUCAACCUGAUAGUGCAAAAUGGGUUAGACAAAAAAACAAGAGGUCGUUAGAUGCUAGUUUAGUAAAUGGGAGACUUGAAGAGACUCUGGUAGAUGAAACUAAGGGAGAGACAAGAAAUGAUGACGUAUGCUGUAGUGCAAGCAAACGGCUAAAUCUGAGAAAAGAUGGGGAAAGUAUGAGAGAUACCUCUGUGAAGCAAAAGUUGGAUUCCAUGAUAAGCACUGAGCAGAGGACAAGGCCAGGCUUGAAAGCUACUUCAAAAAAACAUCAUGUUGCAGCUAGAUUUAAGAAAAAAGCUGGAAUUAAUUUAAAUCAAAGUAGGGAACAGAGCACAGUUGCAAAAUGGAGGAGGCCUUGGAGUCAAGAAUCAAGUUUCAACAAUCAUUUUCCGUCCUCCAGCGACAGCUGUGAGUCAAACCAAAAACAUCACCAAACUGUAACUAAAGGAUCAUUAGGCUACCAGGAAGGAAUUGACAAAAUAUCCCUACAGGCAAAUGAAAUAUACCAAGAUAGUGGGAAAACUGUGCACAAAUUGCUUAUAGAACCUGUACAUGCCAGUGAAUCCAAAUAUGAGUUAACACUGAAUAAUCACAUUAAAACACCUGCUUUGAAUUCAGUAGAGGGAGAUGCAGCUCCUGUUAAAGAUAAAAUGGAAAUGCAAGAUGUUAUGGACGAUCUGGUGAUAUCUGAUAAGAAACUGAAUCUGAUAAGAAAUUGCAGCAAAUUGGAGCUCAGUAAAAACGGUGCUAGAAGCAUAAUUACUGAAAAUAAAAUGGACAGAGGUAGAAAUGUUUUUAAUGAAGCAGCAAGUGGCGCUAUCACCACAACAGGAAAUCAGCAAAAAGCAGAGAGUUCUCGAAAAGCAGACAAAAAUGAGCCUGGAAGAUUCAACCCCACCCUGGAAAAUAAAAAUACAGUUAUAGGUAAAGUGCAUAAUCACCCUGAUAAUGUUCUGAAGCCUUCUGAAUGCGUCAAAAGCUGUUCUCCUGAUCUGUAUUUCGUCUUCAAAGAAUUUGAAGAAAGCUUCCAGUUAGAUACACAAACUGAGAGGAUAUUGCAACAGGAGGUGGCAGCUACAGUUGCUGAUAAACAAAAAGACUUAGUAGCAGAUUCAGCACUGAAAAUAAAGUGUGCUAGUACUUCAGAAACUAAUGCUGUAUCUAUAAUGGAUAAGCCAGCGUGCAGAAAAGCAGAACCGUUACCUGUUAAAAAAAACGAUGUAGCAGGAAACACAGCUUUAUUGCAUUGUAAAGCAAAAGGUGCUCACAAAAAGCCUAUGAAAUACCCAGAAAUACCAUUUUGCCUUGAAAGAAACAGUUUUUCUGUUAUGGACUCCCAGUUAGAAAGCUUCUUACGAGACUAUCGGACUCCAAAUCUGGCAGAAGAGCAGGAAACAAUUGUUCUUUCAAAGGCUUCCUUUGCUGCUAAUCAGUGCCCACCUGCUGUCAAUGCACAUGCCAAGUGCUGUCCUUUGCCGGAAAUAAAUUUGAAUAGCAGUGAUAGUUUGUUGUUUGAUGAAGACUUUAACCACAUUCAUGACCCUCAGGAUGUUCACAUUGGUGAAGCUGUUGCCAUGGGAGAACUUCCACUGCAGCAAAUUAUCCCUGCUCCUUUUAAAUCCACUUUAGAAGGUGAUCUUCCAGGUGUACAGAAUGUGGGGCCAGGCAAUGGUGUAUCAAAUACCACUAUAAACCAGCAGCGACUGACAGAGGAUCAUGAGGAUGAUUCUCUAAUGUUCUCAGAUGCUGGUUCUUUCCACAUAGCAGAAAUGAGAGAAGGUGAGUCCGUGCCUUGUUUUCACAGAAACGUGCUCAACAAGCUGAGGAAUCUGAAAGAGGCAGAUGAUGAUGUCAGACCUGAGAUUACUGGGAAAGAUGCAAAUGCUAACCAAGUGGGAAAGUGUGAUUUUUUGUUUGAUUUAAGUCCAGGAAUGAAAGAAGUCUUAGAUGAAUGGCCAAGCCCCACUGGAAAUAAACCUGAAAUGGAUACAAGAAGCAAUUUGAGAGUAGUGCUAUCUGAGAAAAAUCAAGAUUCUGCCCUAUCCUGUGGUCAGUGCAAAUUUCGCAAAGAUUUUAAGAGCAACUGCAUAAUUAGAGGGAUGGAUGAUCAAAGUAAGACCUGUGGCUCUUUACUAAUCAACAGAAAAGGAAGUUCCAUAUCUUGGACAGAUGGGAACAAGGAACCUCUUUCUCCAGCAAAGUUCAUAGAGCCUCCUUCACAGGAUCAACGCUUUGUGACACAUGCCGAAGCCAGAAAUAUGAACCCCACAGACAAAGCUCCUGGUCUUCAGCUCCUGCAGAACGCUGCACUUGAUUCACACCCGCAAGCAAAACCAGAAAAUGGCAGACAUGCUGAGUUUCCAUCUGAGGAUGACUCUAUUAUAAUUGAAGGUUUUUCACUGCAGUUAUCUCAAGAUCUACCAUCCUGCAGUGCUGAAAAUUUUGCUAUAAUUGAUGUAGCGAAUGAUAAGGCUCUUUUCCAAACCUUCAUUAAAGAAUGGAGCACGAAAAAGAGAUUUGCUAUCUCGCUGGCUUGUGAAAGAGCAAAAGGCCCCCUUUCCCACAGAUCAGCUAUUGGUGCCAAGUUCAAGCAAGGGAACCAGGAAAUUCAAUAUGAAGGUGAUGGAUUUCCUGUAACAGCCUGUGAAGACCUGCUGGUAGUUGGAUUAGCUGUGUGUUGGGGUGGAAAGGAUGCUUACUACAUUUCAUUGCAACAGAAAUCUCAAGAACAGACUGAAAUCAGUGCCAGUUUGGAACCGCCUCCCCUGGAUCAGAACUUGGCCGCAGCAGAGAGGUUGCAGCAUCUUCAAUUACACCUGCAGGAUUCCAAGAGAGCGUUUUCGCUUGCUGUGUAUGAUUUCAUUCAGCACUACAAGAUCCUCCUGAAGGCCUGUGGCAUCUCUUUGGCAGGAUGCUAUGAGGACCCAAAGGUGGCGUGCUGGCUGUUGGAUCCUGAGUCUAAAGAACGCUCCCUUCACAACAUGGUCACCAAUUUCCUUCCUCAGGAAUUGUUCUUGCUGGACAACCUUGGAGCAGGCCAAGGGUGUCAGAGUCUGGGGCUCAGCGCCAGCGCAGAUCAUUCUGGACGAUACAGAGCAGCUGUGGAGUCUGUUCUUGUCUUUCAUAUUAUGGAGCAUCUCAAUACUCUGUUGCAUAAAGAUAACUUGCGAGAUACUUUUCGUAAAGUGGAGAUGCCAAAUCAAUAUUGCCUGGCCUUGCUGGAGCUCAACGGUAUCGGAUUUAGCACAGUUGAGUGUGAGACGCAGAAACAUGUCAUGGAAGCGAAACUCAACGAGAUUGAGAAUCGGAUAUAUCAGCUGGCAGGUCACAGUUUCUCCUUGACCUGCCCUGAUGACAUUGCUGAGGUGCUGUUUUUGGAGCAGAAGUUGCCAUUCAAUGGAGAAUCAAAAGUGCAAAGGGGCAAGAAAACAUUAGGUUACACUGGAAGGAAAGUAGCAAAUGGAAAAAUUGCCAAAUUAGGCAAGCAAUUCAGUACAACCAAGGAUGUUCUGGAGAAACUGAGGGCCUUGCACCCAUUGCCAGGCCUGAUUUUAGAAUGGAGGAAGAUCACCAAUGCCAUGACCAAAGUGGUGUUUCCACUGCAGAGGGAGAAGCGUUUAAACCCUGUGCUGGGCAUGGAACGGAUCUAUCCUGUUUCUCAGACUCACAGUGCUACAGGCCGUAUAAGCUUCAGGGAACCAAAUAUACAGAAUGUGCCAAAAGACUUUGAAAUUGAAAUGCCAACCAUGGUUGAAGAGAGCCCACCUUCCCAGAAGGAACACAGUGGGUUCAGUUUACACAGAAGCAGAUGGAGAAAGCAUUCUGUGCUACCACAUGGACAAAGGAGUCUUGCUGAACCCAGUGGGAGGAAAGUACCAUUUUCUGUCAGCAUGAGGCAUGCCUUUGUGCCAUUUCCAGGAGGCUUGAUCUUGGCAGCUGAUUAUUCCCAGCUUGAGCUGAGGAUCCUGGCUCAUUUGUGCUGUGAUCAGCGGCUUCUCCAGGUCUUAAAUGAUGGUUCUGAUGUGUUCAAAAGCAUUGCUGCCGAGUGGAAGAUGAUUGACUCUGAAGCAGUUGGGGAUGAUUUAAGGCAACAAGCCAAGCAGAUUUGUUAUGGAAUAAUAUAUGGAAUAGGAGCAAAAUCUUUAGGAGAGCAGAUGGGUGUUGAGGAAAAAGAUGCCUCCUGCUACAUUGACUCCUUCAAAUCAAGAUACUCAGGUAUUCAGAAAUUCCUGAGAGAAACAGUCCGGAAGUGCAGCAGAGAUGGGUUUGUGCAGACAAUCAUGGGGCGGCGUAGAUACCUGCCAGCAAUUAAGGACUCAAAUCCUUACAGAAAGGCUCAGGCAGAGAGGCAAGCUGUGAAUACUGUCGUCCAGGGCUCUGCAGCAGAUAUUGUCAAAACAGCCACCGUGAAUAUUCAGGCUCAGCUGGAAUCUUUCCCUUCAGCAGUAAAAUCUUAUGGACACUUGGAGAGCUCGUUCCAAAAAAGACAAACGGGAAAACCAGAGAGGAUGGAAAAGAAGAAGAUGAUACAUUCCGUAGCUGGAGGUUUCUUCAUUCUCCAGCUGCACGAUGAGCUUCUCUAUGAGGUUGCAGAAGACAGCCUGAUUCAGGUGGCACAGAUUGUUAAACAUGAAAUGGAACACGCUGUAAAACUCUCGGCGAAACUGUCGGUAAAAGUCAAAGUUGGGCCCAGCUGGGGAGACCUGCAAGAGCUGGAGUUGUGAACAGGUAAUAUAGAAGUUUGUACUGCACUGCCUGAUGCUGCAACGAGAUGCAAGACGUCUCUGACGAGUCUGGACAACGGGAUCCAUUUCUUUCAAUGACAAUUUUGAAUUCUCAUAUGAAUCUUUAAAUCGCACUUCCCCAACCUGGUGCCCUCCAUAGUCCAAUACAGUUAGAGGGUGACGGGUUGGAGAAGGCAGCUCUAAAUGACGUGUCGCAUAACUAGAAAUCACAAUGAAAUGCAAAGUAUUUAAAUUAAUUCCUAGUAAUAUAUUUAUUUAUUUGAAGGCCUACAAUUUUUCUCUUUCAUAACUGACUUGGGAGAAGCAUUCUGAGCUUUGACAUUGGCUUUUAUAGCUGGGAUCCUCUGGAAAAUUUGAUUCCCCGGCUGCUUGUGUCAGUUCA